AUGAAGGACACAAAUGAAAAUAUGAAUAUGAAAGCUAGGGCGUUCCCUCCAAGCGACGCGCAGGGUGUGGACCUCCAUUUUGCGAAAAGUAUAAUAAAGGUCAAAGCAAAGAAGACAAGGUUAGCAAGUUCGAAUAUUGGUACAUUUAAAGGUAAGACGAGAGAAUUGGCAUCAAUGUUGAACAAGAAAAAAGUUGAUAUAUCCAUACAAGAGACGAAAUGGAAAGGUCAGAAGACUUUAAUGAUUGGAGAUGGGUAUAAAUUUUACUAUAAUGGAAUUGUUAACAAUAGGAACGAUGUCGGCAUCAUCCUCAGUCAAGAUCUAACCUUCUCAGUAUUAGAAGUCAACAGGAUCUCUGGUAGACUAACGAAGAUAAAACUCUGCAUUGGUCAAUCAAUACUACACAUCCUUUCAGUAGGUGCUCCUCAAACGGGUUGCAAGGAAGAAGAGAAAGAUGACCUUAGAGCUAUCCUUGAUGAAGCUGUAAUAGAAAGCCCUAAGGAUGAUCUAGUCAUAAGGUGGUGA